UCUGUGCAGAAUGUGUGAAUCACACAUGACAUGUACUAGCAGGCAGUACUAGCUACUAGCUCUAUUUAAACAGUUUGGAGCAUGGUUUCAUUGACAGAACUCGUGCAGACACACAGCUCUUGUUUCAGUCUCAGGUCAGAGACCUCUCUGCCUCCUGCAGUCUUCAGCACCAACAACAACAACAGAUCCUCUUCUAAGCUGCAAGGACUAACAAGCUACAAGGACUAACAAGGCUAACGGGACUCCCCAGCCGAGCAGAGGGGACCUAAACAACGACCUAACACACACCCACAAGAGCCAGCACCCUUUAUGUGGACAUCAUGGAGUUUGUGCGAUUUGGGACAGAGGACGAUGGCGAUGACGCAGCGACUCAGUACAUGAUUGAACAGAGUCUGCUGCUGGAGAGCAACAAACCCCCCCAAGACUCCACAGCACACCACAGCAGGAGCUCUGGACCUGACUCUGCAGAAACCAUCUUCACUGCUAUAAGACAAGGUAAUGAGAAGCUCUUGAAGGAGCUAAGCGUCCGGCACAGAGACACGUUUUCACACACAAACAGCCGAGGUUGGACUCCUCUCCACGAAGCUGCAGCCCAGAGCAACCAGACCAUCCUGGAGCUCACACUCUACGCUUCAGGCUCCGACUCUGUGGAGAGUCGUACUCCUCGCGGCCAGACUCCUCUCUUCCUGGCAGUAGAAGGAGGUCUGAUAGAAAACGCCACCUUCCUCCUCCGGCACAGAGCCCAGCCGGACAGCCAGGACCAGGACCAGGACUCACCGAUGCUGCUAGCGAUCCGGUCGGACCGCGCCGACAUGAUGAAGCUGCUGCUGCUGCAGGGCUCCAGGGUGAACCAGGAGGGCUGCCACGGCCGGCGUCCCCUCCACGAGGCCUCUCGGCUGGGUAAAGCAGCGCUGGUGAACCUGCUGCUGCAGGCCGGAGCGCAGCUAGACCCUCGGAGCCACUACGGCCUCACGCCACUGGCACUCGCUGCUCAGGCGGGACACCUGGAGGUGGUGGAGAUGCUCCUGAUGAGAGGGGCUGACGUCCUGUCCCAGGCGCAGGAUGAGGCGUCCAUCUUGUACGAGGCGUGUUCAUCAGGAGAGCCAGCCCUGAUUGGCCUGCUGCUGGAGUACGGCGCCGACGCCAACGUAGCCAAACACACGGGACACAUGCCGAUCCACCGCGCUGCACACCGGGGACACCUGCAAUCUCUAAAGCUGCUGAUUCAAGUCACCUCUAAAGGAGAAGUCAACGACAGCGGGAUGAGUCCUCUACACUCAGCUGCUGCAGGAGGACACACACUCUGCAUCAAGGUGGGUCACUUGGAGUCCAUCACAUGACACUGUCAUAACCACAUGACACUGUCAUAACCACAUGACACUGUCAUAACCACAUGACACUGU